AUGAAAAUAAUCAGGAUAGUACAGUGUGCAUUGUUAGCAGGAUUUUCUUUGAAACCUGGGAAUUGCCUUGCAUCAAAUGGGAGUACUGCAUUGAUGGGGGAAGAGGAUAUGCAAACACCUUUCCCAGAAUGGCUGACAGAGUUUACAAACCUUACCCAAUGGCCUGGACUCGACCCUCCUUACAUUCCACUAGAUUAUAUAAAUCUUACCGAAGUACCAGAAUUUGAUAGGUACUUUCCUGGCCAGUGUCCAAAAAUUUCCAGAGAGCAAUGCUCAUUCGACUGCUACAACUGUGUCGAUGUUGAUGAUGUUACAUCUUGUUUCAAACUCUCCCAAACUUUUGAUGAUGGACCCGCCCCAGCAACCGAGUCAUUGCUAGAGAAAUUGAGACAAAGGACUACUUUCUUUGUUCUAGGAAUCAACACUGUUAAUUAUCCUGAUAUAUACGAGCACAUUUUAGAGAGAGGUCAUUUAAUUGGCACACAUACAUGGUCGCACGAAUUUUUGCCAAGCUUAUCAAAUGAAGAGAUUGUCGCCCAGAUUGAAUGGUCAAUUUGGGCGAUGAAUGCCACAGGAAAGCACUUUCCCAAAUACUUUAGGCCCCCAUAUGGCGCCAUUGAUAAUAGGGUUAGAGCUAUAGUUAAGCAAUUUGGCUUAACAGUUGUCUUAUGGGACCUUGAUACAUUUGAUUGGAAAUUAAUUACAAAUGAUGAGUUUAGGACAGAGGAAGAAAUACUUCAGGACAUAAAGGCUUGGAAGAGGCAGCGAAAAGGUUUGAUUCUAGAGCACGAUGGUUCUCGAAAAACCGUUGAUGUGGCUAUUAAGAUCAAUGAACUAAUUGGAAGUGAUCAAUUGACCAUUGCAGAAUGUAUUGGUGAUACAGACUACAUUGAACGCUAUGAUUAA